UUUUAUUAGAAUUGAAAUUUGCUAUACACAUUUACAAAUAAUCUUUAUACAUAAUUGAAUUCGAUAAAUGAAGAGCAAUAUAAUUUCAGCAAAAAUAUAGAAAAUAAUUUAAUAAUAUUUAAUUUAUAACAGAAUUUUAAUCGCAGGUGGUAUGAGAAGACAGAAAGGAGAAAAGGAAGAGUAUAUAAGAUUAAAAUCCUCUCUUAUUUUAAUUGACAUUUCAUUAAUGUCGUUAAAUUAAUUUACGAAUUUUAACAUGGAGCACAAUCGACGUACAACUGACCCAGUGUAUUCGUAAGUGAACUGGGUCGAUCAAUAUUAUAUAGGAGGAGGGAAAAAGGGGUGGUUUUCCUAUAUGAGAGGUGACCACUCUUCUUCACUAAGGGGAGAUGUUCGCCCAGCCGAACUCCCAGUAUAUAUUUCCAGUGCGCGUUGGAAAAUUCGUCGGAAACAUGCCGUCAUCUUCUGGGGAGGAUUGCUUGACGGUUGUAGAGGUGCCGGAGAAUCGCUACGACGAGGCAAUUCACCACCUGAGAUGGAAUUUCUUCGCCGAUGAGCCGCUCAACAAUGCUGUAGGACUUUGCGCAAAAGGGGAAUCCCAACAUGAACUCGAGCAGCACUGUCUGCUCACCUUGAAGCAGGGUUAUUCCAGGAUGUUAGUGAAUCAAAAGGGAGCGAUAGCGGGAAUGGCACUAAAUGGUACCCUGAAAAAAGGCGAGCGCGAGGAAGCAGAGCGACGUCUCGCCGAGCUAAAUGACGAGAAAUUCAAGACGAUCUUCGGGCUGCUUUAUAAGGUGAAUGAAAAGGUCGAUCUGUUCGCCAAGUACGACGUGGACGAGCUGUUCGAGUGUCGAAUCCUUAGCGUCGAUGAAAACUAUCGUGGCAGAGGUUUGGCCAGCAUCCUCAUGGCCGACAGUUUAAAAAUUGCCAAAGACGCUGGUUUCAAGCUAUGUAAGGCUGAUGCAACCGGGGUGUACUCACAGAGAGUCUGCCUGAAGCAUGGUUUCCAAGUAGAAGCAGAGAUCUCGUACGCGGAGUUGGAUAAGUCAAUCAGACCGGCGCCGCCUCAUCAAGCAUUAAAACUGAUGGUGAAGCUGCUAGAUUGAAGAUAAAGAAAAAGAAAGUUGCUCUCUCGAUAUAGUUUAAUUAAAUUAAGUCAUCAACACGAAAGCGCUUAAAGCGCUCAAAGUAGAUAUGUGUAUCAUCGUCGUGUCGUGACAAUAACACAGCUCUGUUAAUAAUAUGCAUGUCUCAGUGUCGCGAAUGCGAGACACGUGACGCUGUCUCAUAGAAUAUUUUAAUUGUUAGCAAAUGAGAAAAGAACAAAAGUAUCGCGUAGUAUGUGUUGAAAUGUUUUCAAAUGGUACCCGGUAUUACUGCCCUCUCCAUACAUACGUAUAUAAGAGGAGAAAAAAAUAUCUGAUUUAAUGCAAUUAAAAAAUUUGAUAUCGAGUCCGUUGAAAGUCUACGAUUGUCUCGCAAAUCGCACGGAUUUUUCGUUACAAUUCCGCCAACCGCUCCAAUCAGGCGAAAAAUCGGAGAUAUACGAAAUAUUUAUAGAAUCGUCGUAUGUAGGAUAUUGAAAAGAGGGUAAAAUAUUUCAAGAUUUAGUGUGUCCAAAAACAAGUCGAAAAGUCGUACUAAACAUGGGUCCGCAAAUAAACUAUUUUUAAGAUAUUUUUAUUUUCAUAAUCUUUUUAUCAUUUUUUAUUAUUUUAUUCACAUGAGUAUAGAUAAAUGAAAUUAAGUUAUAAGUUAAAUUAUAUGUGAGAUAUUGCAAAUAUCUCAAAAAUAGCUCAUUUGCGGACCCAUGUUUAUUAAGAGUUUUUAACUUAUUUUAAGGCAUACUAAAUCCUCUUAAAUUAUUUUAUCUUUUUUUCAACAUCCUAUGUAUGGUUUAACUUACAUAUACCUAAACGUUUAACACAUUGACUGUCAUAUGAUCUAUAUGUAUACGAGUAGAACGUACAAUUUGUCGCACGAUAUAGAUUUUAUAUUAUUAAUUCUUGUUAUAUUGUGUCGCGGGAUGGCACAUAAAUAUGACGCGACAGGAUUCUCGGCAAAUAUAGCGUGACAGUCAAAGUAUUAAAGCAAAUACAUCAAUAAAAUUAAAUCUAAUUUAAAUAAAAAUACAUAUAUACAAAAUAAGUCUUCUAAAGGUUUUCGUUGCUUUACAAUAUUGACGCCUUUAAGAAGACAAAACGUUUUUACAUUAUCGGUUCUAUACCGGUGAUAUUACACGUGUAUAUUGUAAUUAUUUAUUUUUUCGUAACUAUUUUAAGGAAGAAGUUAAAUUAAAAGAUUAAAAUAUCUAAGAAGAUAUAAAGAUAUUUAAGAAUUACAAAGAGGAUAUCAAUAAUCCCUUGUGUAGCAAAAGUACCGAUCCGAUAAUAGAAAAUAAGAAAGAAAAAGAAAGUCGCAAAGUGUCAAACGUUAUCCCAUCUUUGUCUCACGAUUCGCUAAAGUCGCCGUGAGAAAUGGUCCAUGAGGUUACAUAAGGUCUAGUUAUAUCUCUUCUUCCUCUCUUUCUCUCGUGCGUACUAUAAACGAAAUGCAAUGGUACGAGUUGUUUUCUAACUUGUAUAUUUACUACAUUCUAUUGAAAGCGGCACAAUUUUUUGUCGCAAUUCAAAGUUGUUAUUCUGGAUUAUAAGUGGGUCCAUAUAAAUUUUAAACAAAUUUAUAGGAGAAGAGAGAAAAUGAAAGAUAUUUU